AGAGGAAUCCGCCACCUGAAACGCGAGGAAGUCAAGGCGACUCAAUUGGGUAUAAAGCAUCAGCCAACAUCUGCCCCGAGCAGUGCAAAGCCGAUGAAAACAUCAGCUCGCAGCUCGAGCCGGACCUCUGCGAUUGGUUCGGUUUCCCUCGGAUUUAUCAUCUGGCGUCGCCGAGUCGGUGCACCCCGGGAGACGCAUCUCUUUUCUGCACCUAAAGUGAAGGCGGCUCAGCGGCCAGCGACACUAUACUGGAAUUAACUGACAUCCACGGAGAUAUCGGCGCACCUGUUACCUCCACGGAGCGCAAGAUCAUGAUCCCUCCGGGAGACUGCAUGUACGCGGGCAGAAAGAGGAGGAAGCCCAUCCAAAAACAGAAGCCGUCCUCUGCCAAUGAGAAAACCAACCCGUCCAAGCGGCACCGGGACAGGCUGAACGCUGAGCUGGACCGGCUGGCCAGCCUGCUGCCCUUCCCCCCGGAUGUCAUCUCCAAGCUGGACAAGCUGUCCGUGCUGCGCCUUGCAGUGUCCUACCUCCGCGUCAAAAGUUUCUUCCAAGCAAGCCAAGAUAAGACCUCCAGGAAGCACAUCAUCAACACAGCAUCCUCUAACCCUGAACCCAGGAAAGACAAUCUUCCACUGGGCACCACUAUCAAUGAGAGCAGCCUCCUCCUGGAAUCUCUGACAGGCUUUGCUUUGGUGGUGAGCAGUGAUGGAAUGGUCUUUUACGCCUCCUCAACCAUUGUGGAUUAUCUGGGAUUUCAUCAGACUGACGUGAUGCACCAGAAUGUGUUUGACUACAUCCACAUAGACGACCGUCAGGAGUUCAGACGCCAGCUCCACUGGGCCAUGUGUCCUCCACAGCACCAGGGGACGUCGGCGCACCAGGACAACCUGCUAGCUGCAGGGACUGGUGAAGACUUUGUAGUCAGCAGCCAGUUUCACUCUCUGGAGGCAGGGGGGAUUCCUCCUGAGCUCUCCUGCUUUCUCAACAGGUGUUUCAUAGCCAGAGUCAGAUGCCUCCUGGACAGCACCUCUGGAUUCUUGACUAUGCAGUUCCAGGGCCGAUUGAAGUUCCUCCACGGGCAGAAAAAGAAGUCGGCCUCUGGGGCUCUGAUGCCUCCACAGCUGGCUCUGUUCUGCAUAGCUGUACCCCUCCUACUUCCCUCCAUCAGCGAGAUGAAAAUGAAGAACAUGCUAAUGCGAGGAAAGAACAAGGGAGGAGGAGGAGGAGGAGGAGGGAUUAUCUCUGCAAUGGAGCAUGGCGAGCGAGGGGAACACCUCCGGAGGCACUCCUUCAGCGGAGGAAUGAGUGACAUUGCAGACCCUCUCCUCCUCUCAUGUCCCACUCCUGGCGCUAACCAGCGAGGUCAGCAAACUCCCUGGACCCCGCUCUCCAAAGACAACCUCAAGUACCACCCUGAUGGCUACUACAACCAGGAGGAGCCGCUCAACUACUGCAAGUCCUCCAUGGCUUCCCACAAAGGUCUCAGCCCGGGCCUGGGUGGCGGCUGGCCCCUGCGGCCGAACUCGGGUCCGAUCAGAGCGGGCCAGGGUGUCGGCUACAUCCCCUCUAACCGCUUGAACAAGGCCGGUCAGUACGGGAAGCCAUACCGCCUUUCCCCGAGCUGCCACAGCGGCAGAGGCGGCGAGGUGUUUGUGUCUAAGCUCUAUGGGAACAUCCAGAUUCCCACAGACCCAGAUGCCUACUGCGUGGACCUGGUGAAGAGCGAGAAUGGCUACGGAGAAUGCUACGAUGGCCAUCUGAUGCCUGAGAUGCCCCCCAUCAAGGUGGAGCACGACUCAGACUCCGAAAACGGCUGCGAUGCCUACGGGCGACCCUGGGCGUGCCGCGACCCGGAGGCCCUGGACCGCCGCUACGGCAACGGCAUAUACGACCAGAGCUCCGGCCUGCAACUCAAAUCGGAGGCAGAUUAUUAUGAUCCGCAGUACUCGCCCUGUCAGCGAGGGAAAGCAGGCAUCAGCCCACCGUACAACAACGGCAACUAUCACAACUAUGCAGUCAACAACGGCGGAAAUACCAACGCACGCCUGUUAAAGUGUGACAAAGACUUGGGAAAUAACAAUGAAAACAGCCAGUUUAGUCCUCAGAGACUCUCCCAUUCAGACUCUCUAUGCAGCAACCAUUCGGUCAACCUCAUGGACUCACACGUCUACCCACAGGACCCUCACAAGGCCUACAUGCACCCGGACUACAACAAGCAUGGCACUUAUGAGUUCAAAGGUCAUGGCCUGAUCCAUUCGAUCAAGCGGGAGCCCAUGGACUCCCCACCGUGGUCUGAGAGCGGUCAUGACGUAAACCAGUCCAUGAUGGUUGGCCCGAGGAACGUUAUGCCGUGUGUGAUGAGCACAGGGCACCACAAGUCCAGUCCUUACAUUUAUAUGCCCUGAGAGGGACUGGAGCGUUACCCACACAUACACACAACUGCAGAUGAUUACCUGCCGCCCAACCGACACACACACACACACACGCACGCACACACAAACAAUCAGUGUGCAUUAUAGUACUUUGUAUUAUUAUUGUUUUCAGACACUUGCACCAGCAUUACAAAAGGACAGUCUUUGAUUAUGAGGAUUCCCAGGAUGUCAGGUACCUCUUCGGCUUGAUGAAGAGGUCACAAAUAAGGCUCAGGUUCUAGUGUUAGUGUUGUGACAAUCAGAAAUGAAAUUUUAAUCCAGUUUAUGAAUAGAUGAUUAUGUUUUUAAAGAAUACAUUUUGUAGGUGGUUCCAAGCACUUUUGGAUUUAGUGACAAUGAGACAAAUUAUGUCUAGAAACACCGUUUCAUUUUGUUUUAUGUGUUGUGCACAACUUGCUUAUGUGAGAGGAAGAAAGAUUUUGCU